AUGGGUAGCACGAUCGAGGAGUCGACACAUACCGACGAGCCCGUCGCGAACGACGCCGAGAGCGUCAGCAGCAACGCCGUGGUCGCCGACGACGCCGUCAUGGAAGAGCUCACGACCGAAAGCAAGACCCCGGGCCCGACGUUCAAGAACAAGCUCUUCCCCACGGACCGCCAGUCGUCGCGCUACGUGCACCUCUCGGCCUUCCAGGACGCCUUGGACACGUACAACUUGAUCGUUCUCAGCCAGCCCGACGAGAUCUUCAGCGAGCCCGUCCAGGCGCUGGCGCAGCACCGCGCUCGCUUUACUAAGUCCGGGGCUGCCACGUUCGGCUCGAUCGCGACCGACAUUUUGAACGCCAAGCACGAAUACGACAACGCCCGCCGCGCCCUCAUGGAGUGGUGCAUGCUCGCGGCGCCGCUUCUCCGCGGCUACGCGCGCCUCGUCCAAACCCACAAUCCAAGCUCGGAGAAGGCGCAGAAGACGAUCCUUCUCAAGGUCGCGACUGAGGCUGUCACAAAGAUGUCGGUCGCUGCGGCCGCUAUCGAGCACGUACAGAACAGUUUGAACCUCGUCGUCGCACACGUCGGAGCACUCGUGGGCCAGCUCACCCCACUGCCGCAGCCAGUGACGACGACGACGCCCCAUGCGGCGACCAGCCUGCACACAGCAGGGGCCACCAUGUACUCGAAGGCGACAAGUUUGUUUCGUCGCAGCGCAGCACGAAGCGACGCGGCGCAUGCGUCGACGCCUCCACGACCCCCCGCCGGAAACGAGCUUGCCUCGUUCGAACACACCAAGCCUCACGUCGACGCUGCCGAGAAAGACCUUGUCGUGAUCAAGGACGGCGUCAUCGCAUUCGUGGGUCACUUCAAGAACGGCCACGAGGUCUUUGCCGGCGACAUUGCGAUGGUCCGCGACCUUGCCGCGAUGGCUUCUGCCACAGCGUCGCUGCCUCUCUUCGACGGCUCCAUGGCUCAGGAGCUCUCAAAAAUGGUCGACGAUUUGAUUACCGCAUGCACUGCGUACACUCAGAGCCACAAAUAAGCUUGUACCACGUGUUGUGGACUUCCACACGACGUGGUCUAUGUUUUCGAAUAAGGCACACCACACGAAAAUCAUCACCUUGACUUUACU